AUGUUUGGGUUUAGUGUCGUUGGAUUUGCCAGCUCAUUCGUCUUUCUCUGGCUGGUGCCACCAUGCUUGCAGAUCUUCGUGGAGUGCCGCAAUGUCAUGAGUCGCCCUCCUUUCCGCCCCUCGAGUCCCGCAACUAUGACCUCCGAUAAACAAACCACCAACGGCCCCGUCGCCAAACCCUUCACCCCCUCACUCAGUGCAGCUUUCAACCGAUCCACUAAAUCACCUCUGACCCCGAAGCUUGCCAAUCCGGGAGGAUACCGCACUCCCAGACGACUGACCCCCUCCGAACACCCGGCCUCCACCCCCAAGCCGGAUUCCGAGUCGGUGUACCUCAGUGCCAACAUUACCCCUCGGUCCGGUACUCGCACGAGUAGACGUGAUGGACCGAUAUCUACCCCUAAUAUGCCCUCAAAUGGGCACUGCUCGCCUUCUUACAUAUCAGCUAGUGGCUCGACAGUGGGAAAGCGGACAGACCGGAGUCCUGUACGGACAGGGGGAAAGCCUGAUCCUCCAAGAACCACCAGAGCCAAAACCUUAACAACGGAACCUCAGCGUUCACGACCGAAUUCUGUCUGUGGAGCACCCUCCAAUUCACCCAGGUUUUUCCACGCUUCCGAUGCGCGAUCGAAUCCAGAUGUCGAUAGCCGACCAAAGCCUGCGGCGAAACCAUCCAACCCCGCUUUUGUAUAUGCUAAUGGGGAACAAGAGGGGCCGUCGGAAGAGCUGAAUACAGCACCAGUGUACAAACGACGCUCGACCGGGUUUACUCGCUCUGUUGUUGGCUCUAAACCUCCGUCGGCAUCUCCGCGAUUGGCAUCCCCAAGACUAAAUGCCUCCUCUCCCCGGCUGUCGGACGGUGUUGGUUCUCAGGUCGGCUCGCAGGUUGGCUCGCAAGUCAGCUCACAAGUCGGCUCACAACUCGGCCCCCAGACUGGGCCACAAUUUGGCUCUCAGGCUGGCACUCGGUUUGACUUUGCCCCCCAGAUAGUCUCGCACAUGCCGAGCCCACCCAUGAGUCACUUUCCCCCGAAACCAACCACGCCGGCUCCAAGACACAUGAAAUCAUCUAGUGUCGACUCGGGACAUGGUGCUACCUCUCCAAGAGAACCAUUGCGGCCCAGUCCCAUCAUCAUAUCCCCCUCCGACAUCAAAAUCGACGCUAGCGCUAUUGCUUCCGAACCACUUCCUGGACUACGACCUCGAAUCUUUAGCAAUGGAUCUGCGGCGUCUGUAGAGACCCAUGAUUCUUCGCUUCAGAGUCCGGCCAAGUCUGAAUCGGGACAGGCCAAAGACGAUGUGGCUAUUAAUGCCCGCACGGAGCGCAAGAUCCUCGAUCUCGAGAUCAGUAAUUCGUCACUCCUCGCAAUCAAUCGCACGCUCGAACGCGAAAUGCGAAAGCAGAACGCGGAGCUGCGAAGAUACCGGCGUCUUAGCCGUGCGGGUCGCCUGUCCGUGGCACCUUCCAGCCGUUCUGUUUCCGGGGCUUCCUUGGGUAUCAUGGCCGAAGCAGACGAAAGUGAUGAACACGAACACUCUUCGGUGCAGUCACCCGAAGAACUUUCCGAGUUGAGCGACGAGGACUCCGUGAUGGAUGAAGGCGUUCUUAGUCCUGAUUCCUUGGCUGAACAUGAUGCGCGACAUCGUGCCCAGGAUGAGAAGAAGUUUUUCAUCGACCUUGCUAAACAUCAAGAGCUUCUGGCCGACAGCCAGAAAAUGAAUCAAAGUCUUAAACGCUGCCUCGGUUGGACGGAGGAACUAAUCAAGGAAGCCAAGAAAGCCCUUGAGUAUUCCGUGCAUGUAAAUGACAUCCAACUCGGAGGACGAGUCCUCGCACCAGAGGAAAUAGCCGACCUCCGCGAAAGUGGCCGAGGUCUACUGAGAGCGAGCGAUCCUCAGGACCUCUCUUACCUACCGGAAUUACCAGACUCUGAGCCAGACUCGGAGCUAGACUCGGAGGCUGACGAGGUCACGGAGGCUGCCACAGAGACAACAUAA